AUGGCCAGCACGCAGCCCAACGACGAGACUGCUGGCGUCGCCAACAGGACUGGCGAGUUCGAUACUAACGUUAUCGCGCCCGCUGAAGCUCCAAAGAGGUCGCCAUGGAAAGCGUGGAUGUACCUCUGGGAAUGGUAUCCUAAGCACUAUCCUGAGGAGGAGAGGAAGCUACUGAGAAAGAUGGAUGCUUGUCUUUUGACAUUCUGUUCAUUCAUGUUCUUCCUCAAAUGGCUCGACUCCUCCAACAUCAAGAACGCCUACGUAUCGGGCAUGAAAGAAGAGCUCAGCCUCUACGGAAACGAGUACUCGCUUUUCGAUACCUUCUAUAAUAUCGGAUACCUCGUCUUCCAAGUUCCGUCCCUACUCUUGCUAUCCCGACCGAAGAUUGCCAAGUACUAUCUACCGACCAUGGAAGUGCUUUGGUCAAUCGUCACCUUCUGCCAAAGUCAGAUGCGCAGCCGAAACGACAUCUAUGGUACCCGGUUCUUGCUGGGUCUGCUCGAGACACCAGUGGCAUCUGGCACGACCUAUGUGCUUGGCUCCUGGUACCGACCUGAAGAGGUCUUCAAACGUACAGGAGUCUGGUAUGUGUCUAACAACAUCGCUGUGAUGUUUGGUGGUUACCUACAAGCUGCUGCGUACAAAAAUCUCAACGGUGUCGGUGGCUUUCUCAUCUUCCCCGGUCUACCAAGUAGCGCAAAGCCAUGGUGGCUGACACCCAAAGAGCAUGCACUAGCUCGAUCGCGCAUGGCCAAUGCCGGUGUUGCGCCUAGCAAAGAGCUUAGCUGGACCGUUGCAAAGCGCACAUUCAUGCGAUGGGAGUUCUAUAUGGGUGUACUAUGCUAUACCUUCUUCCUUUCGUCUUCUUACCCUCACGGUCAAAUGGCUAUUUGGCUUAAAGAUCUUGCUGCCAAGUACCCAGGUGCAUACACCGUUCCACAAAUCAACACUAUCCCCACUGGCGCUCAGGGUGUCUCCGUCUUCGCCGCGCUUCUCGCCACAUCCCUGUGCAUGGUCUACCCGCUCUGGUCUAUCUUCUCUAUCGUCCAAACAAUCUACAUCGUCGCCAACAUUUCUCUCCUCAUCUGGAACAUACCCAAAGGCUACCAUUUUGCCUGCUACUACCUGCUCGGAGUCUCCGCCGCCGUUACGCCCAUUCUCAUGCCGUUCAUCAACAUGGCGCUGCGCGACGAUGCUGAGGCGCGUGCUGUCACUGUCGGUGCUAUGUUGACAGCUGGCUGGGCUGUCUUCUCGUUCUACCCUAUCACAGUAUUCCCCAUUGUCGAGGGCCCAAAGUGGACCAAAGGGUACGCGGUAAAUAUUUGCUUCAUUGUUGGAUGUUGGGCUACUUUCUUGAUCAUGCAAUAUCUGUAUAAGAAGACCGAGAACAAGAAACAAAGUAUGAUGGUUCGGGAAGUAGCGAAAGAUCAGGAAGACUUGGCGGGUCUGGAUAUCAAGGAGGCAUCGGAAGUCGAGCAUGCAGAGGUCAGGAAGUGA